GUUGGACGACUUUUAAGAUUCAUUGGAUUGGUAAAAAAGGUUGUUACCAAACUAUAUACAUCUCUGAAGUUCGUUACUUCUGGGGCUCUCCUUGUUAUGUUUUGGGUGAAAAUUAGUCAAGCUACAGCGAAAGGAGACCUUCAAAAAUUUUCACCUUGGAUGGUUGUGGCUGUAACAGCUCUUGGUACAGCUGUGAUUACGUCAUUUCUUGUUUUUACCUUCAUAUUUGCUUCUCUACUACGUCUACCAAAGAAAUCUAAACUGGCUGUUACAGUGCUUUCAUCAGCAAGAAAUUCAAGUAUAGCUAUUGCUGUUAUUGAAAAUUUACCAGACAGUGUUGGAGACAAAGAUCUUAUGUUUUUCCCCAUAGUAUUUGUAUAUUUAGCUAUGAUUGUUAUUAUCAAUAGUUUUGGUUAUUUCAUGACGAUCAAGAAAGAAGAAAAUGACAUUGAACAAGAUAUGGACAUGAUUGAAAACAAACCACUAAAUAAUAAUCAAGAAAACAAACUCACAAAAAAGAAUCGUGACAUCUUGCUGUUGGUGAAGCCUUUGGAAUCAAAAUCAGUUGAUAAUGCGGACAAACAGAUUUUAGUUAAAAAUCCUUUGGAACAGAUAACUUCACAUGACAUACCAAAUACAUUGGACUGUAUUACGUUACCAAAAGUGCAGUGGUGUACGGCUGUGUAA